ACCUAGAUGCACCUCAUAGAGAAAGCAGAAGAGGACAAUCGAACGGUCAUCACAGAAUUCAUCCUCCUGGGGUUUGGGGAUCUCCCUGAACUGCAGAUCCUUCUCUUCCUGGUUUUCCUAGUGAUCUACAUUGUGACCAUGUCUGGGAACAUCCUCAUCAUUGUGCUAGUUGUGGCUGAUCAGCACCUUCACACCCCCAUGUACUUCUUCCUGGGGAACUUGUCCUGCCUGGAGACCUGCUACACCUCCGCCAUCCUGCCUAGGAUGCUGGCCAGUCUCCUGACUGGAGACAGAACCAUUUCUGUCAGUGGCUGUUUUGCACAGUUGUAUUGCUUUGGUUUUUUGGCAGCUACAGAAUGCUAUCUCCUAGCAGCAAUGUCUUAUGAUCGAUAUUUAGCGAUAUGCAAACCCCUGCAUUAUGCAUCCCUGAUGAACAGCAGGUUGUGCCUCCAGCUAGUAGGGGGGUCUUGGAUAAGCGGAUUCCUAACUUGUGUAAUAAUGAUGUGUUUUAUGUCACAAUUAACAUUCUGUGGCCCCAGUGAAAUUGACCAUUUCUUUUGCGAUUUUUCUCCAAUGCUAAAAUUCUCCUGCAGUGACACCAGCACGAUCACACUGGUGGCUUUCAUACUCACCUCCCUCGACUCGCCUUGCCCAUUUCUAUUAACUGUGACAUCCUAUGUUUGUAUCAUUGCUACUAUCCUGAGAAUCCCUUCCACCACCGGGAGACAAAAGGCCUUUUCCACCUGCUCCUCUCACCUCAUUGUGGUUACAGUUUUCUAUGGGAGCCUAAUGACUGUGUAUCUGCUGCCAAAAACCAAUACACAGAUAGCCCUGAACAAAGUAUUCUCUGUCUUCUACACAGUCCUGACUCCCCUGGUCAACCCCCUCAUCUACAGCCUGCGAAACAAAGAGGUGAAGGAGGCCCUGAGAAAAGUCAUCAGUUAA